AUGAGACAAUCAGCUACGAAGUUUCUCCUGAGAGCUCCGCGACCUCGUUUACCAGCUCAUUCAUCACUCAUCCGUCCUCGAAUCUCUAAUCCUUCAGUUCGUAGACAUGCUUCCACCUCUGAAGAGAAACCAACAUUUACGUCUCGACUGGUCGAUGUACUCUACGGCGCCACGCUUGUUUUCGGCCUCGGCAUCAUCUACUUCUAUGUCACCGACACUCGAGCAAGCAUUCAUCGUUACGUUGUCAUUCCAGCUCUGAGGCUGGUAUAUCGAGAUCCCGAAGAUGCCCACCACGCUGGCAAUGCAAUUCUCAAAUCACUCUGGGAGCUCGGCCUCCAUCCACGUGAACGAGGGGAUCCCGAUCAGAAGCAUGAUCUUGAAGUCGAGGUCUUCGGGCAACGUCUCCGGAAUCCAAUUGCCACUUCUGCAGGUAUAGACAAGCAUGCCGACAUCCCGGACGUGCUGUUUGACAUCGGUCCCGCAAUCGUCGAGAUUGGAGGAACGACUCCGUUGCCGCAAGAGGGAAAUGCAAAACCUCGAGUUUUCCGUUUGACUUCACAACAAGCUAUGAUCAACAGGUAUGGAUUAAAUUCCGAAGGUGCCGACCAUGUGGCCAUGAGACUACGAAAUCGGGUGAGAAAGUUUGCCCACUCCCUUGGCCUUGGUGAUGAUGAGAUUGCGGAAAAGGCUGUGCUUGAUGGCAUCGCAGGCGUCCCUCCAGGCAGCUUGAUCCCAGGCAAAUUGCUCGCCGUGAACAUUGCCAAGAAUAAGUUCACUCCCGAGAAUGACGUCGAGGCUGUCACCAACGACUACGUUUACUGUGUUGACAAACUUGGGCCGUAUGCUGAUAUCCUAGUCGUCAACGUUUCCAGUCCCAAUACUCCUGGUCUUCGCUCACUGCAACAGUCUGAUAAGCUGCAAAAGAUUCUGAGUGGGGUAGUAAAUGCAGCUAGAUCUGUAGAGAGGCGAACGCGGCCAUAUGUGAUGGUUAAAGUGAGCCCGGACGAGGAUUCAGAGUCGGAGAUCACGGGAAUAUGUGACGCGGUCUGGGCUGCCGGUGUGGAUGGAGUCAUCGUGGGCAACACUACCAAUCGUCGACCCGAGCCUCUUCCUCACUUGAAAGACCUAUCUCGGCGCGAGCAAGAAAAUAUGCUUGAACAGGGAGGGUUUUCUGGGCCCCAUCUCUUUGACAAAACGGUUGAUUUGGUGAAAAAGUACAGAAAGCUUUUGGCAGAGAAGCCUGCGUCGGUCGAUAGGUCAAACACUUCGACGAGGAGGAAAGGGGCCCUGGAAGCUGAAGCGGAUCGGAUCAAGGCCGCUCUGGAAUCCAGCUCUCAAGAGCCCAGCCCUGCCAGCGAACCCACCUCGGGCUCUGACAAAAUCACGGCAUCCGUAGAGACUAGUGUUGUGCCCGUUUCUGGCAUGCUUGAACAGCGUGGCCCGGAGGAGCGACCUCUGAUCAACCCUCCAACAGAACGCCAAUAUGACAUGCCACAGGCGGAGACAGGAACCGCCGAGGUCGAAGAAGCACCCGCACUUGAUCCAGAGGUACGUUUGGUGGAAGAAAAAAAGCAGCUGAAGUCAAUUCAAGAAGCCAUUGAGCGACUUCCUCCUCGGGCACAGCGUGACGCCAUCGACCGACUUGAAUCUGGUCCAGCACACCUGGAAUCCGUCGAUCAACCGAAGGUAAUUUUUGCAACUGGAGGAAUCACCAACGGCAAACAAGCUCUCGACGUCCUCAACGCGGGAGCCAACGUGGCCAUGGUUUAUACUGCCUUGGUGUACGGAGGCAUUGGUACGAUAUCACGAAUCAAGGACGAGAUGCGGAAAGAAAUGAAACGGCAGGACGAAGAAAAGCGCGCGAAGGCCCAAAAAUAG